AUGGCCGGCGGCGGGGCAGGCGCCGGAGGGGGAGGCUACUACGCGCCCGCAACAGGCUCCGGGGCGGACUCGCCGCCCCUCCUCAGCCUGAGGCGACGAUCGAAGCAGCCGGGGCCGGAGGCGGCGGUUGUGCUCGAAAAAGUGUUGGGAAUAACUACGCAAACCAGCAGCGGUUUAACUUGUGACCCGAACACGGGGUAUAUAGCAUAUCCGACAGGAUGCGUAGUUGUAAUAUUAAAUCCCAAGAGGAAUGAGCAAAUGCAUAUCUUCAAUACUUCGAGGAAAACAGUGAGUGCUCUGUCUUUCUCCCCUGAUGGGAAGUUUAUUGUCACUGGUGAGAAUGGACACCGGCCAGCAGUCCGAGUGUGGGAUGUUGAAGAGAAGGCGCAAGUGACGGAGCUCCAUGGGCAUAAGCAUGGCGUGGCCUGCGUGGCUUUCUCUCCCAAUAUGAAAUACAUCGUCUCGGUAGGAUAUCAGCACGACAUGAUUGUCAACGUGUGGGACUGGAAGAAGGAUUCACUCGUUGCAUCCAACAAAGUGUCUUGUAAGGUUAUGGCCACCUCCUUUUCGGAGGACAGCUACUUUGUUACAGUCGGCCACCGCCAUGUCAAGUUCUGGUUCUUGGACGUGUCCAAAGAAGUUAAGAUCAAAGAGACGGUUCCACUAGUUGGUCGCUCCGGGCUUCUUGGAGAGCUUCACAACAACAUCUUCUGUGAUGUGGCAUGCGGGCAGGGGGAAAUGUCGGGCAACACAUUCUGCAUUUCUUAUUCGGGGCUCCUCUGUCAGUUUAAUGAGAAACGCGUGCUGGAGAAAUGGAUCGAUCUGAAGGUACCUCUCGCCAACUGCAUCUGUGUGAGCGAAAGGUUUAUUUUCUGUGGCUGUGCUAAUGGUGUAGUACGAAUCUUCCGCACGCACAAUUUGCUUUACCUCACCGACUUGCCAAAGCCACACUACUUAGGCAUCGAUGUAGCCAAAGAAGAAAGCCCAAGAAUGGCAGGUGCCGCCUGGCCCGACACCAUCGCCUUGGUGUUUGAUCCCCGCCAUUGUUGGCUCUCCUGCAUAUACAAGGACCACAGCAUGUACAUUUGGGAUGUGUCAGACACCAGUCAAGUGAGGAAAAUCUGGUCUGACCUCUUCCACAGCUCCUUUGUGUGGAACAUCGAGGUAUAUCCCGAGUUCGAAGACCACAGAGGCUGUUUGCCCCCAGGAUCCUUUCUCACGUGCUCAUCGGACAAUACGGUUCGGUGUUGGAGCUUGGAAAGCAGCGCACAAGCUGGCUUUCAGAGGAACCGUUACAGUAAUAACUUGCUGAAGGUUGUCUAUAUGGAUAACAACACUCAGCAUUUGCAAGAUUCAACCAAUGUGCCGGACCGAGGUGAAAACACCGGGUACCUGGACGUGAAAUCUGGUGUGCGUGUCCUGCAGGUCAGCCCUGACGGCCGGCACUUGGCCUCUGGUGACAGAGCUGGAAACUUGAGAAUACAUGAGCUAAAAUAUAUGGAGGAGGUGAUGAAAGUUGAAGCCCAUGACUCAGAAGUUCUGUGCUUAGAGUACUCUAAACCAGAAACUGGGAUGGCCCUUCUAGCCUCAGCAAGCAGAGACAGGCUGAUCCAUGUAUUAAACGUGGAGAAAAAUUAUAAACUAGAGCAGACCUUAGAUGACCACUCAUCAGCCAUUACUGCUGUGAAGUUUGCUGGAGAUGGCAAUAUUCAGAUGAUUAGCUGCGGAGCGGACAAAAGCAUCUACUUUCGCAGUGCACAAAAGGUUGCUGAUGGAGUCCACUUUGUUAGAACCCACCACGUUGCAGAGAAAACAACCUUGUAUGACAUGGAUAUCGAUAUAACCCAGAAGUAUGUUGCUGUGGCCUGUCAAGACAGAAAUGUCAGGGUCUACAACACAGUCAGUGGGAAGCAGAAGCGCUGUUACAAAGGCGUGCAAGGAGACGAUGGAUCCCUGCUGAAGGUCCAGUUGGAUCCUUCCGGAACAUUCCUGGCCACCAGCUGCUCUGACAAAAGCAUUUCCGUUAUUGACUUCCACUCUGGGGACUGUGUUGCCAAGAUGUUUGGGCAUUCAGAGGUGGUUACAGGGAUGAAGUUCACCUAUGACUGCAAACACUUGAUCACCGUCUCAGGAGACAGCUGUAUCUUUAUAUGGCAUCUUAGCCCGGAAAUCACCAUCAGCAUGAAACAACACUUGAUGGAACUAGAUCACGUCCAGCAGCAGAAGAAAGCCAGAGAACAGGCAUGGUCUCCACAGGUCAGGCGGGAAACCUACAUCACCAUGCCAAGUGGAAGGACUUCCUGUGGUGCUGACCUCCCAGCUGACUCCGACACCGAGGACGAGAGAGAGGAGGAAACAACAUCCUUUCACACUCCCACCAAAGAGGAAUCGGAUACAGGUCCUCCUUGUGUCCUGACCAACGGCAGACUGCCCAUGUGGGCAAAGAGACUGCUUGGUGAGGUAGAUAAUUCAGACAGCACGGUCUCAGCCUCUAGGGCAUGUUAUCAGCCACAAGGACGAUGGGCUGAACGUGCCGACCGGGAGCCUAUCAAAACCAUGCUGGGUGCGGAUCCUAAUUAUUUCACCCCCAUUAAAAACGACAGCGUGAAUGACAUCGAGCUGGAGCCCCGCAACGUGGACCGGCUGCUCUCGCAGACGGAAAGCACUCCUGGCACCGUAAUGGAGGACUUCAAAGAGCCAGAUCUGACUUCUGAAGACGAGGCCACUCAAGAGCUUGACUCCCUCCAAGCAGACAGAAGUGGUCUGUCUGUGCAGAUGAGCAAGGAUCUCGUGGAGGCCAAGAGGAGACCUGGGAAAGACUUGUGUCUUCAGCUGACUUUUCAGAUGGACACGCCAGAGAAGCAGCCAGAUAACACAUCCUCUGCCAUUUCCUUGGAUUCGGAGGCAUCUCUGUAUGGCCAGCCACAGGAGGACCAAGAGUCUCUAGUUUCUGCAGUGGAAGCAGAACUGACUGAUCUGGAUGAGAAAAGCAGCUCUUUGCCCCAAACCCCGGAGCAGGAAAAAUACCUCAAGCACCAUUUUGAGACUCUGGCUGAUGCCCACAGUGAAGAAAAGUUUGACGGGACACUGAAGGACUUGAAGCCACCGGAAGGUGAAGAGGAGGAGGCCGCCCUCUUUCUCAACCCUCGCCUGAGUAUUUCUGCCAGAUUUCUUUCACGCUGCCAAAAAAAUAGCAGGUUUCCAAGGGCGUGUCCGCCUGCACAGCUCGCUUGGGGUGUUCCAGACCAGCUCAAAGAAGAGACACCCAGACAGCCCAAGUCUGCAGAGAAACCUCCCGAGGGACUUCUAUUUGAGCUGAAGGACAAGCCAGAUACUGAAACAUGCCGUAUUUCAGAACCACAAGUUCUCAUUGAAAGCUUUGAAAUUAACCUGCAGUCUCUACGCUCCAAAUUUCAAGAAACUUUGCAUCUUUAUGAUAAGGUAGCUUCCUGCCCAGACUCCUGCAGGGAAGAGCUCCUCCAGGCCAAGGAGCUGCUGCUGAGGACUUCCUGCUGGAUGAGAAAGGAACUGGACUCGAGAGCUGUGAGGGGCAGCCUGGACGUGGCCACAGCCACAGACAGCUCCUGCCUGGGGCUGAGGCGUCUCCAAGACGACGAGACCCACUGCCUUCUGAAGCACUACUCUGACUCGCUGCUGGAAAUGGUUGAGAAAAGGCUGGAUGAAAGGAACAAAGCAGACGUCGCCUGA